GAUGAAGGCCCUCGUGGGGCAGCUCUUGACACACCAGCAGAAAAAUCUGCUGCUGGAAUGUGAAGCAGCACCAGCAGCUGGAGCUCCCCGUGCCCUGAAUUUGGGCAGCAGCAGCUGAGGGGGCGAGUGGCUCCACGGAGCCUCUGUCCCUCCAUGUCCCUCCAUGUCCCAGCACGUGGCAGCUCAGGCACAAGGAUCUGGUUAUUGCAGCUCAGAAUCCCAAACAAAGACACCCCGAAGGUUUCCAGGGCGCUGGUGUCUGUGGGAUGUGGAGCAGAAGCACAGCCCCAUGAUUUUUGGGUGCCACUUGUGAGGGGCACCAGGGCUGGCCCUGAGCAUCCUUUGGUGCUCACCUGUGCUCCCGGCUCUCCUGGGAAACACAAGAUGGGAUUGCCCCCCACAAAUGGGAGCCUGGAAGAAUAAGGACUUUAGUGGAAGGUGUCAAAUGGCACGAGAAGCUCUGGGGUGGGGGGUUAUGGACGGACCUGGGGCUGAAAUAGCAGCAGGUCCUGCGUGUGCCCAACACCACCCUGGGGUGGCGAAUGGAAAAAGGGUUUGGAAAGCUCUUCCCUCCCAGCAGCCCUGGCCGGGAGGUGCAGGGCAGGUCGUGGCGAGGUGGGUGAGCCCCGUGUUGGUCUUUUUUUCUGAGCAGGAGAGGAAAAGGGUCAGAUGUCUUCGCCCUCCGUCAUGCGAUAGGAAAGUAUUGUUUGCGGAGCAGCGAGUCAGCCGUGCCCCCCGCUCUGCCUGGAAACGCUGAGAUGUCCAUGAGGAGCCCUGUUUCCCCCCACCUGGAGCUGGAUGGAGUGGGCAGCAUGGUGAACUGCACCAUCAAGACGGAGGAGAAGAAGGAGGGCGGCUACGAGUCCCCUCCAGGGGCUGCCCCCAGCGCUGAGCCCCGUCCCAACGACCCCCCAGGGCCACCACCGAGGGACAGCACUGACCCCCAGGCCCUGCCACAGGAGUCCCGCUCUCCCGCCGGGGAUGUGCCCGAGCCCCGGCGCUCCGCCUUCGAGCCCGCCGGCAGCGGCCAGGACAAGCUGGACUUCAACAGGAACCUGAAGGAGGUGAUGCCAACCAUCGAGAAGUUGCUCUCCAGUGACUGGAAGGAGCGGCUGCUGGGCCGAAACUCCGCCGAGUCCAAGGAAGUGAAAGGAACCCAGGAGAGCCUGGCAGAGAAGGAGCUCCAGCUCCUCGUCAUGAUCAACCAGCUGUCCACGCUGCGGGACCAGCUGCUGACGGCCCACUCGGAGCAGAAGAACAUGGCCACGAUGCUCUUCGAGAAGCAGCAGCAGCAGAUGGAGCUGGCGCGGCAGCAGCAAGAGCAGAUUGCCAAGCAGCAGCAGCAGCUCAUCCAGCAGCAGCACAAAAUCAACCUGUUGCAGCAGCAGAUCCAGCAGGUCAACAUGCCCUACGUGAUGAUUCCUGCCUUCACCCCCAGCCACCAGCCCCUCCCCGUCACCCCCGACUCCCAGCUGGCACUGCCCAUCCAGCCAAUCCCCUGCAAACCAGUGGAUUACCCGGUGCAGCUGCUGCACAGCCCCCCUCCUCCCACGCUGAAGAGACCCGCCGGCCCGGGCCACCUCCAGAUGCAGGAGACCUCGCAGCCGCUGAACCUGACGGCCAAACCCAAAGGCUCCGACCUCCCCAGUGCCUCCAGUUCGCCCAGUUUGAAGAUGGGCGGCUGCCAGUCCCUCACGCCGAGCCACGGGGCCACCAGGGACCUGCAGACCAGCCCGUCCAACCUGCCUCUGGGGUUCCUGGGCGAAGGCGAUGCCAUCACCAAAGCCAUCCACGACGCGCGGCAGCUGCUGCACGGCCACGGCGCUGCCAUGGAGGGGUCGCUGGGCAACCCCUACCGCAAGGAGCACGUCGGGAUCGAUUCCUCCCCGGUGAAGGAGCGGAUGGAGGAGCCCCCUGCCCACCGGCUGGACGAGGCGCUGCUGACCUGUGAGAUGGACGGCUCCCGGCACUUCCCCGAGUCCAGGAACAACAACCACAUCAAGCGACCCAUGAACGCCUUCAUGGUGUGGGCCAAGGACGAGAGGAGGAAGAUCCUGCAGGCCUUCCCCGACAUGCACAACUCCAGCAUCAGCAAGAUCCUGGGUUCCCGCUGGAAAUCCAUGUCCAACCAGGAGAAGCAGCCGUACUACGAGGAGCAGGCGCGGCUGAGCCGGCAGCACCUGGAGAAAUACCCCGACUACAAGUACAAGCCCCGGCCCAAACGGACCUGCAUCGUGGAGGGGAAGCGGCUGCGCGUGGGCGAGUACAAGGCGCUGAUGAGGAACCGGCGGCAGGACGCCAGGCAGGGCUACGUGAUGGGGCCCCAGGGCAGCCAGGUGCCCCCCGGCUCCUCGGACGUGCUGUACCCGCGGCCCGUGGGGGUCCAGCUGCCGCCCCCCCUGAUGGAGCACUACCUGCCCCGCAGCGUGGACCCCAACAUGCCCGUCAUCGUCAACACCCGCAGCCUCAAGGACGAGGACGGCGGGGACGACGGGCACUCGGUGGCCGACGGGGACAUGUUCCGCUACAGCGAGGAGGAGGACUCGGAGGGCGACGACAAGAGCGACGGGGAGCUGGUGGUGCUGACGGACUGAGGGGGGCACGGGGGGCGCUCGGGGGGGGUGGCAGGGCUGGUUGGCACCACCGAGGAGGUCCCAGCGUCUCCUGCUGGGAUGGGGCUCGGCCGAAGGGAGCGUCGCUGCCCGCCCGCAAGCGGGUCCAUGAAGGUGGGCACUCAAAUUUGGGUGGUGGUGAGCGGUGGGGCUGUGGUUGGGAUGUGCUGGUGGCACUGGCAGGGUGGUGAGGGCUGGCUGGGCCUUGCCCCAGCGGCAUGGGGAGCUGAGGCCACCCCGCUUGCCAAUGUGGGUGCCACAGCUGCUGUGUUGUCACCCCCGAGGGGACCUGAGGGUGUCGGGCUGCAGGAGAAACUCCAGAGCAUCUCCCAGCCCUCCAGAGCCUGUGGUCUCACAGGGAGCCUCACCUGCAGCAGGUGCCAGCCCACUGCUGGGACACGGGAUGUGGACACGGGAUGGGGACACGGGAUGGGGACACGGGAUGGGGACAUGGGAUGGGGACAUGGGAUGGGGACACACUUGUCCCUCGCUCAGCCCGGCCUGACCUCCCCGCCGCGGUUCCCGCUUGGUCUUUUGAGCCUGCCAGCAAAUUCCCACAGAGCCAUUUUUAGCCCUCGCCUGGCCAGAGCUCCAGCCAGGGCUCCUGGGAGCCCUUUGUGCUCCUGACAGCUCUGGCCCACUUUGUAAAUAAAGCAGGGGCUGUUCCUGCUGUGCCAGCCCCCGGCCCCUGCCCUGGCUGUGGGGGGGCCCUGCCCGUCCAUCCCUGGGCACCUCCCAGAGGCUGCACCUGAGACCUGCACGGUGAGACCACAGAGGGAGGGGAAACAAUGGCCAAGAGAAAAAAAAAAGAAAAAGUAAUAAUCAUAAAAAAAUUACCUUGUCCCAGUCGGAGCCCGUUCCGGGGGUGUUUGGGGUGAGGGGUCGCUGUGCAGGGGAGGGACCCAGGGGUGAGUUCAAGGGGUCCAGGUGUGUGUGCAGUGUCUGGGUGUGCAUGAACAGUGUCCAGAUGUGCAUGUGCAGUGCCUGGGUGUGCAUGAACAGUGUCCAGAUGUGCAUGUGCAGUGCCUGGGUGUGCAUGAACAGUGUCCAGAUGUGCAUGUGCAGUGCUUGGGUGUGCACACGUGGUGUUUGGGUGUGUGUCCAGGCGUGCACAUACAGCAUCUGUGUGUGUGUGUGUGCAGUGUCUGUCUCUGCACAUACCGAGUGUGUGUGCAGUGUGUGUGCAUGCACAGUGGCUGUGUGUGCAGUCUGGCUGUGCAGUGUCUGGCUGUGUGUGCAGUGUCUGGCUGUGUGUGCAGUGUCUGGCUGUGUGUGCAGUGUGUGUGCAUGCACAGUGGCUGUGUGUGCAGUCUGCCUGUACACUCACGCUGUCCCUCUGCACAGGGUCCGUGCUCCUCCCUGUGGCCACAGCCAGAACAGUCUCCAUCUCUGACUCCAGCCUGGCACCGAGGGGACCCUGCUGGGGACACAGAAGCAGCCCUGUCCCCCCGGGCUCCAGGCUGCAGCAGAUGGGGGGGGACCAGCCCUGCAAAGGGGGGGUGGCAGCAGACCCCUGUCUCCAGCCCCAGGGUGGGGGUCUGGAGCAGAAACUUUGCAGCAUCAGGGCCCUGCUGCUCCUCUGCCGUUGGGACAUCCUUUAUCCAAGGAGCACCCUCACCUGCCCAGCAAACACCUCUGUCCUCUCUUGCCCUUUGCCAGUGCUUUAUUUAUUCCCCCUCCCUGUGCUGGGGUCCCUGGGGAAGGAGCCCCAGCUCCCAGGUUGGGAUGGGCUGUGCUGCAGAGGGACUGGAAGCAGAUGUGUCCCACAGCUGCAGCUCUUCCUGUCUCUUCCAUUUAUUUUUUUUUUUUAAAGAUUGUAAAUAUAGAUAGAGCUUUAUUUUGUUAAUAAGACGAUGAGUAACUUAACCUGUAUAUUUCACAUACCUGUUUACAAUCGUCCCCCAGUCCCCUGGCACAAUAAAGAUCACUUUUUGGAGCAGA